ACCAAAGUCCUCCUGAGUGGACCUUCCUCAUCGGGGCCCCCGCACAUCCACUCAGGUUUCUCACUCACAAAGUGCCGGCCUCGGCGCGUGCAAAGGAGGAAACCUCGACAACGUAUAAGAAGUCUCGCAUGCUUGGCGCAAGAGAGAGAGAAAAACACACACACACACGCCAUGGCUUCAACGGACGCGCACCACAAUGGGCUGCCCAGCGAGACACAGCCAUUGCUUAGCAGCACCCGGCGAGCCAACCACAGCGGGGACAUCGCCAUACAGCAACCUCGCAGAUCAAACCAGACGCCCUUCAAGUCUGGAUGGACAGCGGCGCUCGUGCUUCCCAGGGUUGCCCCCAAGGGCCGCGGGCUCGUCAACCUUCUGGCAUGUAUCAUGUUCAUAACGGCCUGCUCCGCGGGGUUCCUCAUCCUCCCUCACGUGCGGAUCCUCGAGGACAUCUUGUGCCGAGACUACUACGUAGACAAGACUGGUCCCAUCGAUGAGCUGCUCUGCAAAAUCGAGCCGGUGCAGAGCCGGCUGACGGCCAUCACCGGCCUCAAGGUCGGGCUCGAGGCUUUCGUGUCUCUCUUUGCGGCCUUGCCGUGGGGCUUGCUGCCGAUCGUCUUUGCCAUUUCACUACUUGGCAUGGUUCUUAACGUCAUCUGGGUGACGGCCGUGAUGUGGUUUCACGAUGCUAUCCCCGUGCGACUCAUCCUUCUUGGAGCAGCAGGUCCUCUUCUCGGCGGCGGUGAUGCGGUAAUGGCCGGCGUACUAUUCAGCAUGGUAACCGAUGCCACAACGGAGGCCGAAAGGUCGAUCUGCUUCCUGCGAGUCCACGUCGCCACCAUGUGCGGCUUCCUGCUAUCGCCUACUCUGUCCUCCAUAAUGAUGGAAAAGACCGGCACGCCAUGGUACAACAUCAUUGUCGGCUGUGGACUGCUCAGCUUCGGCGCGGCAUCGAUCUUUCUCGUGCCCGAGACGCUGCAGAACAAAUCUGCACCCACGGGAUCCAUCCUGCACGACGACAACCGCGAGGACCAGGAAGACAAGUCGAGUGGCUUCUGGAACCACAUGGCCCACGCCAAGGCGCGGUUUACAGACAGCCUCUCAGUCCUCAAGUCCCGCGACCUGAUCCUGCUACUGCUCAUCUGCCUCGCGUACAUGCCCGUGCUCAACAGCACCGUGCAGCUCAUGACGCCCUACAUCUCGAAGCGGUACAACAUCACCAUCGCCCGGACGGGCUAUAUCCAGACGGCGUACGGACUUAUGCAGAUUGUGCAGUCGCUGGUUAUCCUGCCAUGGAUCAUGCAGAAGGUCCAGGUUGCGACAAAGCCUGCCAGUCCUGUAACCAGCAGGAUCCCCGAUUGCAGAAGCGACGAUAACGACAACAGGAACCACGACACAACCAGCAAUAUACAUCACUCCCCCUCCUCGACAUCACGGCAACCUCCUCCACCAUCGCGGCUCUUCCUCCUCCGCAGCCCGCUCUUGACAGCUCGCUCCAACCAGCACCGCGACCUCGCCCUGGCCCGCCUGUCCUUCCUGCUCCUCGCAAUUGGCGGCCUGACCCUCGCCCUAGCCCCGACCUUGCCGGUGUUCAUACUCGGCCUGGCCUUCCUCGCCCUGGGCACGGGGUACAACAGCCUGACCCGCUCGCUGAUGAGCCUGUACGUCGACGCGCAGCACACGUCGCGGCUCUUCAGCCUUACGGGGAUGGUCGAGACCCUGGGCGGCGUGUACUCGUCGCCCAUGCUCUCGGCCCUCUUCUCGCUCGGCAUGAGGCUCGGCAGCGGAAGCGGCGGGGCGUGGAUCGGCCUGCCGUGGUUUGCGCUCAGCGGAUUCAUGGUGCUGUGUGUUGUGUUGCUGGCGGGGUUGAGACUGCCUGCUGGGAGGGGAGGUGCUGAUGAGGUUGGCGGAGGAGACGAAGAAGGCACGGCGGGUAGUGGUGGCGGUGGCUGUGGCGAUCCUGCUGCUCGAGAUAGAAUGGGGGCGAGGAAUGGCUCGGGGCUGUCGGCGUAAGAGGGGAAAACCCCUUUGUGUGUUUUGAUGCUCUCUACCUCUUACACCAGCGCAGAUAAGCCGAUUGAUCGGGCCUCAUAAUUAAAAAGUCAAAACGCUAUUUGACUCAUCAUUACCGUCG